AUGGCGCCCCUUCCCCCCAACCCAGACACCAUUAUCUAUCCUCCUGAGGAUCCGCAGUUAAUAAUCUCGGUCGCUCAGUAUACUCGCAACUAUCCCCUCAACGCAGUCUCACUCGAUGUCUAUGUUGAAAAGUUCCUACUGGGAGACCAUGUCGAGCCGAUAAACAAGCAUAAUAAAACCCCAUCCCGACUAGGGAUUUUUGCAACCCAAUUUUCCAUUCCACCGAGAAAUGACGAUGACCCUCGUCUUAACGUGGGUGUUCCAGGCGGAGGCGGAGGAAAGUAUGUGGAUAACCCAACCAAGCCACAAGACACAUACCUUGUCAACGAUGGUUAUCGGGGAGGAGUGCUAGGCUUUUUCGCUGAGGAACUCGAUGAGCAAACAGCCAAAGGGCUGCGGUUCAACGUAUGCGGAGGCGCGGGGUACAGCCCCGAUGACAUAGCCGAUGCCGAGCAUGGCGCUGCGGGUGGGAAUGGCGGCGCAGGGGGAGACAUCGCAAUUGUCUACACCAGUGUAGCCACUGCUCCUGUUAGUCUGGCACAAACUCUCUUGACCGAUCUUGCAAAGUCAGAGAUAAAAUUCCCUGAUGAUUUCGACCAGAGGACUUCAGAUCUCAUCGGCAUGUGCAAUAGUGAUAAGGUUCACACUGUUCCACGGUCGCAGUUGGAUAAAUUGAAACAGUCCUUAAAAGGCCCUCAAAGUGCCUUUGAGGAGGUACUGGUGAACGUCGUUUUCGCUUUGAAAAUACUCGAUAAAAGUGUGUACUCGGCUUUAACCCAGACUGCCGGAGUCACGGGCGGUUAUGGCGGACGAGGAUCUCGCGGCAGCAAGGAGAAUGGGGCUGAUGGACGGCCUGGAGUGGAUGGCAAGUAUAGAAUACAGUCGGCCACCGAUGUGGAAACCAUCUGGAAUAACAACCUGUGUUUUGUCCAUCCCGUCCAAUGCCGGAUGCUUCUGGACAUGGCCAAGCUGCAUUACUAUGUCGAUGGUGCAGACGACCUGGCCAAGAGCAAGGAUUUCCUGGAAAGACUUGUAUCAAGGCUGCAAUUUCUCGACUUCGAGCCUCCCGGUACAGCUAGUUCGGAGACUAACCUGGUCAAAGCAUAUCGCGAUGCUGAACCUCGUCUAUUCAUCCCCAGUGGCCCAGAAACGAAGGAACCUGCAUCUAUUCAAAGCCUCCGUGCCAUCAAGAUGGAGGCAACAGCCGUUCUAGCCAUGUUCAACUCUGGCAAAGACUUUUAUGGUAAUGAUCGCAACCGUGUCCCAAGAGGUAGCUUCAAAAGCUUUGAGCAGACAAUCGACAAGGAGUUGAAAGCUGUCAAGGAGGCAGAGACUACCUAUAAUGCCUACCUUGAGGCCGCCAAUGAGGCCGCAAAAAAGGGAUACUAUAUCAACCACAGCCGAACAGCCAGCGAGUCAGCCAAGGCAUCUAACAAUGCAAUGAUCAAGAACGCCAAGGACGACCUUGCAGACAACAUCUUCAAGAUCCACACCUUCACAGAACCCAUGCAAGCCGCAAGCAUGAGUCUUCAAGACGCGGCUAAGAAUAUCAUGGUGAAGAUUAAAUAUGGUUUCAAUGUUCAGGCUGCACAGAUAUUCGAAGCUAUUGGGCAGAUUAUCAUGGUACCAGGAAUGGGAAAACUUGGGAUGGCUCAACUGCAGGGUGUGAGCCUGCUUCAUCAAGGACUGACGGAAAUACCUGGUGAUGCCGGAGUGUCGGUCAACAAGGACUAUCUGAUCAAGCAGGUGCAGAACAUCAGCGGCAAUCUUGACAGUUUGUACGAAGCAUACAAAGUGAGCAAGGAUGGCACGAUAGACUUGCUUGAUCCGGGGGCUGCCAAACUGCAGAUCACUGAAGAACACCUGAAUGCUCUUCUGAGCGAGUAUGAGAAUGCACUGCCCCCAGAUACAUUGAGCAAGCUUAAAGCAAAGUUUAGAACCUACGUUGAUCUUGUCAUCAAACGAAAUGCGGCUGUUCUUCGAUAUAACGCAGCCCUCGUGGUGAUUGCCAAAGCCGUCACCGAAAACGCAGGGCUAGAUCAGGCCCAGUCAAACAUUUCGCAGAUGGAAAAAGUGUCUUUCGGAAUGGACAAUCCCAUGAUGACUGUCGCGAUGAAAAACGCCUAUCUCACUGCGGUCAAGCAACUCCAAUCUUGGCUAUACCACGCCCAGCGGGCAUACAACUUUGCCGCCCUCAACUCGAACAACAUCCUGGCCAGCUACUUCAACACAAUUGACACCUCUCAGUACACAUAUGGGCAGCUGAGUGCAGCCUAUACCACAUUAGAUGAUGCACAUACGAGCUACAUACAAGCGCAGAAGAAAGCCGCGGUUCCUUUUCCGACUAUUCGAUAUGAGCUGCCAGAGAGUGACUUUCGCCUUAUCCAAGCGAGUGGAACGGAUGGACCUUCCUGUCCCGUCACCAUUCCCACGCCAGAUGGGGACUGCGACCAUCACCCGUCGCCAUUUGUUGACAUGAUGGAUAUCCGAUUGACCAAAGUCCGUCUAUUUCUUCCGGGAGCGAAGACGAAGAAUAAGUAUCUGCAUAUUACCUUGAGGCACAUGGGCGAAGAGACCAUUGCCGACACUAAAGACAAGGAGAUUACGUUUACCCAUGAGACGGUUGCUGUCUUAUUCAGAUACAACAUCCUGACGAAACAGUACGAAGGUCCUGGGACAUUGCCCGGUAUCAUUGGCCGGCUGGAUGAUGAUGAUGAUUAUGCUUUGGUAGGACCAUUUGCGGUGUGGCAGAUUGAUAUUGAACCAGAGAAGAAUGAGGAUCUCGACUUGUCGGAGAUUACGUCGGCAUAUAUGGAGUUUGAGGGUUCUUAUCGGCCUCUGGCAUAG